UGCAUUAUAAUAACUAUGGAAGUGUUUCUCCGAACCUUUGUCUUUUGUUGGAUUUCAGCUGGAUUUCUACAUUUGCCUCAAAAGUCAGAGGCCUCUCCUGGCAAUGAUUUCUCUGGCCGGUGUGAUCUUGUUUUCGGAAAUGUCUGUUUUGAGUUUGUUGAAGAACCAAAAACCUGGUCCCAAGCCAUGAGCAGCUGUGAAAAGCGAGGCGGAAAGCUCCUGAAUGUGAUCAACAGCUCGAUCAAAAUUUUCCUGAAGGACAUCACCAGAGACAGAAACACCAGCAACUUUUCAUGGUGGCUGGGGGAAGGUGUCCAAGGGGAAUACACCAUAAAAAAUAGUGAUGUUUCAGUGCACAGCUGCACAUACAUGAAGCUGAAUCCUCUUCAUCUAAUUGCAACAUCUGACUGCAACCAGAAACGAGGCUUCCUCUGCACCCGCAAUUUGCAGUCUUCAUCAAACACAGAGACUACAGCAGAGUCCAGUCAUGCAAGCAGAUCUCGGUUCAAAAGGGGUUCAUCUGACAGUGAUCUUAACAAUAUUCUUCAGGACGCAGAUCGAGAACUACAGCGAAUGGAACUAACACCAGGGGAACCAACAAAUGACAGCAGGAACAGAUUAAUUCAAAAUUUGUUGAAAGCCGCUAAAACUCUGAGACCAGGACUUAAUUCGGAAACCAAUGGCAUUGUCAGUCACAUCAUCAACUGUAGCACUGCCAUCCUCCAACUAUCAUUGAAAAAAUGUGACAUCGGGACAAACCCAAACCCUUCAUCUUUGUUUGAGCAAAUCUUUGAGAUCAUUCGGGUAAUGUCUAUGCAGCUGGGUUCCGAAGAGAAUAUUGUCAUCAAGCACCGAACAGGGGCCUUCUAUCAGAGCAAUUACACACCUGCUGCCCUUGGCAAUGCAGUGUUGGGUUCAAAGGAAGAUGGUGAGAUCAUCAAACUCCCCUCAUUUUCAUCCCUUCAGGCUCAGCUUGGAGGGCACAGCUCAAUCCUCGCCCAGAUGUCUACAUUCUCUGAGAAUCCCCAUCCCUCUAAUGUCAACAUCUCAGGAACACUUUGCAGCCUUGUACUCAGUGAUGGAGUCUCAGACAUUAAGCUGACAAACCUGACAGAGAUGAUAGAGAUUUUUUUGCCCCGUCAAGGUGCUUCAGAACAGAUUAACACUCUUGUGUUGGAGAAAGACUCAAAAGCGCUGACCACAUUCAGCGUUUCAGACCGUAGUGGGACCAUCAUCUUCACCGUGCAGCCCAGUACCAAUGUGUCACUGAUUCUUAGUUUGUCUCAAGGGUCAUCUCCUACUUCCUACCCUUCUAAUAUCACAACCAUCUUGAGCCCAUCAGGAGGCUAUCGCUGGAUGAUAACCCCAGAGAUGUUACAGCAGACUCUGGGAGUCUGGCAUGUGGACACCAGACUCAUUAAUUCCACAUGGGAGCCAGGUCUGACACUGAGUAUCAGUUCUUUUAUGUCCAAGUGCCUUUACUGGAACACAGAGGAGGAGACAUGGAGCACAGAUGGCUGCCUGGUGGGAGAGAAAAGCACGCCACAACGUACACAGUGUCUGUGUAACCACCUCACUCUGUUUGGGAGCUCCUUUUUUGUGAUGCCAAACAACGUGGACAUAUCUAAAACAGCGGAGUUGUUUGCCACUGUGUCUGAGAACUAUGUGGUGCUGGCACUGCUGUGCGCUUUCUUUGGCCUCUACCUGGUCACUCUGCUGUGGGCCUGCUAUGCUGACCGCAGGUCACGCUCCAAGAGGAAGAUGACCCUGCUGGAGGACAACCACCCAGGUGCUCACUACAACUACCUGAUCAGUGUCCAAACUGGCCAUCGCAAGAAUGCAGGGACUACUGCCAACGUCACAGUGAAGCUGACUGGCUCAGAGGGAGAGAGUGAAACACACAUCCUCACAGAUCGCGACAAGCCUGUGUUUGAGAGGGGAGCUGUCGAUAUGUUCCUACUGGCCACACCCUUCCCACUGGGUGAAGUGCGAAGCCUCAAACUGCAGCACGACAACUCUGGAGGCCACCCAUCAUGGUAUAUAAACAAGGUGGUCAUACAAGACCUCCAAACGCGACACGUGUGGCACUUCUUUUGUGACUGCUGGCUGAGUGCGGACCAUGGAGACGGCAUGACCAAAAAAACUUUAAAUGCUGCGAGGAGCAACGAGAUUGCCAGCUUCAGGAAUAUUUUCCAGAGCAGAACAUCGACUGGCUUUAGAGAUGAACACAUCUGGAUGUCCAUACUGGAUCCUCCCUCACGUAGUCCAUUCACACGCGCCCAGAGGGUCUCUUGCUGCAUGAGCCUUCUCCUCUGCACCAUGGCCAUCAAUAUUGCCUUCUGGAACAUUCCUUUAGAUGAGAACUCGCCAGUAAUUUUUGCAAUAGGCUCAUUGCGUAUUACCUGGCAGGAGCUCAUGGUGGGGGUGGAGAGUGGUCUCCUCAUGUUUCCAAUCAACAUCCUCAUCAUCACCAUCUUCCGAAGUAUCCGACCUCGCAUCGUUUCAAAAUCUCAAAAAGACAAUAGUGAGGAGAGCUUGCAACCCCCUGCAGUUACCAUACCAACUAUUCUGAAGGAUACAGAGGAGAUGAUUUAUUUGGUGAGCAAAAGUCCGAGGAACAAGAUGUCAAUUAUGCACAGGCUGGAGUACACCACUGACCUCUGCCCUGCCCUGGACAGGGUGCAUGAAUUCAUCCAGCUUAUGCAAGGGGAGAGUGAGAGUGACCCCCACUGGGUGUACUGCAGCAAGUUCCUCCUAGCUGGUCUCUUACACCUCCUGAUGAACCUGGAAAAAUUGAAUGGAAGAAACUUCUCAAGCCCCCAAGAGUACCAGCAGACCCUGAACAUCACCAAUAUGCUGGUCCGCAAGGCUGAGAUGGUCUUCAGCAGCCACUUGGCCAGCUGCCCGCCUCCCGUGAGGAUGAAGAAGAAGCAGUCAGGGGGCUGUUGGCUGCCCUGGUGGUGUGUGUUCCUGGGCUGGUUCCUGUUGCUGUCCAUCAGUGGAGUGUCCACUUUCUUCACCCUGUUGUACGGCUUUCAGUACGGCAAAGAAAAGUCCAUCAAAUGGGUCAUGUCUCUGGGCCUCUCCCUAUUCCAGAGCAUCUUUAUACUGCAGCCUCUGAAGGUGAUAGGCGUUGCUGUAUUCUUUGCCCUGCUGCUGAAACCUGUAGCUGUGGAAGAGACUGAAGAAAUCGAGCAAGUGCUGUUAGAGCAACAAGACAGGUGUAGACGGUACUCUGGCAGGGACACACUGUGAGGAAGCUGCAUUUAGCGGGGGACUUCAAUCCACGGCACCCUUAAGCUUCUUAAACACUCUUUUGCACUUAUUGGAAGUUUCUUAUCUGGAAGAAGUUUUACUUUCUGAAUAUAAAAUUGCAUAACGCAUUCUGGUGUUUUUUUUAUGUGUACAGAGUUUCCAAUUCCUGAAAAAGGUUUCUGAGAUGGUGAGUAAAGGUAAAUGUUGUUCUUGCUUGUCAAAGCGUUGCUUUUUCCAAGUCAUAUACUAUCCCUGAUGAUGUAUGGGUACAGAAAGAAAAUUCCUUGGAUGCUUAUUUUAAAUAGCGUUUGUUCACACACCAUUCAUUUCUUGUCACAAUUGGAAGAAUCCAUAUAGAGCUUCACGAGGAACUCAAGCAGGUUUAGAUGUCAAAAACUGUAAAAACCUAGCAUGAGCUCUUUGAGUUAUUUUGAGAGUAAAAACUGUCCUUACUCCAGUAGCCUUGCAAGAAUUAUUGAAUGUCUAUACAGAUAUAAUGUGUAAAAAGUUUUCAUUAUUUUGUUAAUUUUACCUUUAUUAAUUGGGGAUAAAUUGGAAUUUAUUGUUCCAUUAUUAUAUUAUACAUUUCUUGUAUUUCAAAGGUUCUUACACUUUUCCUAAAAGGGGAGUAACUGAGUCUGUUUUGUUUUAGCUUUAAAAUAAUAAAAGCCUUUUGAUAUUUAUUGUUAGUACGAAUGAUUUGCCAUUAGCAACUUUAGAAAUAUUGAUUCGGUCAGCAUUCAAAGCCACAGCCUACUCAUGUCAACAUUAGUCCUCAAAGUGUAUGACAGCCAACUGUUGACUGUACAUGGACUUUCAUUUUUUGAAGAGUGGUAAAGUCCUUUUAUGUAAUUGCACAUAUGGGAGCUAAUUAUUAAUUGAUCACUUUUUGUCAUUUCGCCUCCGUCACUGUAAUACAUGCUGAAGGUGCAUGUUAUGACUUUUCAUCACACAAGCCUACUUCUAUGUGAUUCAGUGUGCCGUCCCUCUGAAUGAUUUAUGUAACAAACCUAACUACAUUUAAGUUUGUGCUCUUGGUUUGGGAAUACACGCAGGUCUGCAGACACUUUGAUGUCCUGUCUUAGAUCUCCUGUGCUUUUAUUUUAUCAGAAAUUACUGAUUUAUUUAUUGAUUCCAUUUAUUGAUACUGUAUGUAUUGUACGUAUGAGCUUGAAUAAAGUGAUACGAGCUGCAGACACACAGUGUCAAUCAGGAUAUUUAAAAUAAAAGUGAAAUUGCAGCAUAUCUACAAUGUUCCGUGUCUACAAUGAAAAAGCAGUAUUUGACCCAGUUCACCAGGUGAUGUAAGCCUGACCUGGAUUGGCCAGCCAGUCCUUCACAUCACAAAAGACACAGAAAACCAGUACAACUAUCACACAGCCUCUCUACACCAGUGUGAUAAGCAGAGAACAGCACAGCAGAGAAGCACGAAUCACAUUCAUUUCACAGUAACUGACUGAUUCACUCUUUCAUUUGUAAGAUGACGUCAGGCUACAAAAUAAACCGAAAAGAUUCACAUGAAACAUCUUGGAUAACAUCUAGCUCUUGUUCUUGUGUAGGUUCAAUGCACUUACUGUAUUAUAAGCUACUUUGAAAGAAAGUGUCAAAUAGGAUUUGUUUAUUCAACAAAGCAAGGUUUUAAGACUGGCUGACCUUCCUCGCUUAAAACGUCCCACUCAGUCACACAGAAAACUCACUCACCAGCAAACACUGAACUUGAAUAUAAAACUCUAUGGUGGGUUAUAUUGUCUUCUUUUUCUUUUAAGACUUAAUGGAAACUCUCAGAGACCACGAACACUACUUCUACAAAAUAUAUAUUAUCCAACAUUCUCGUUUUCAAAUGUCUCAACUACCAUAUUUUGCAUUUACACAGUGAGCACAGUGAAUGUAUAUAAUUAAAAUGCCUGAAU